AUGACGACAAGAAGUGAAGACACAAAAGAAAACAAAUAUCACCAAUCGAUUGCUCCUAAAACCUCAUCCAUCCAUACCAAGCAACCAACAACAAAUCCAAAAACAACAAGAACAAAUAAACACAAAACCAGCAAAAUGAUAACCGAAGCCAUUACCCAAAGUUCUCAUGCGCAUGAGGUUGUGGCCAAUAUCCUUUUUAACGGCACCAAGCAACCAGUCAUAUUGGUUGAGGGCAGUGUGGUUAUUCAGAUAUACAUUGGUGGCGAGGAGUGA